GCUCACUCUACCCACCAAAUUCCGCACACAAUCUAAAGUUCACAAGAACCCUAGAUUAACACUUAUUUUCACGUUUUCAAAAGAAACGAAAAAGAUUUUAAAUCUGUAACAAAGUCUAUUCACCCCCCCCAUCUAGACUUUGUAUUUCACCACUUUGGGACCACCAAUUGGUAUCAGAGCCAUUCUUCUCACUAUCUAUGUUUAGAUUAGCGAGAAGCGAUCAUAAUGGUGAACAAUAUGGAUCACGGUUUGCCCAAGUUUUCUCUUCUAGGUUAUGAUGAUUGGAAGAUCAUGAUGGAAGCACAUCUCUACGCUCUACAUGACUGCAUGUGGAUGGUGCUUGAGGAUGGACCCUUGAAAAUCCAAAUGGAGAAUCCUGAGAGGAAUCCAGAAACUCUAGAUGUAGUCCAGUACAUUCCAAAGCCCAAGGAAAAAUGGGAUGAUAGAGAUUGUAAAAAGCACAAUCUGGACAACGUCGCCAAAGCAGCCAUCUUCAAGACACUUGAUCCCAUCACCUUCUCCAAAAUCAAGCAUCUCAAGACUGCCAUGGAGAUAUGGCAAGGUCUUGGGAAGGUAUGUGAGGGAUCAGAGGACCUGAGAAAGCAGAAGAUAGAAGUCUUGCUUGAGAAGUUUAAAAGCUUCAAAAUGCUUCCCGGAGAAUCAUUUGAUAUGUUGGAUGAAAGAUUCCACAAAAUCUUGAACGAUCUUGCCUCACUUAACCACGUUCUUUCUCCCAAAGAAAAGAAUGUAAGGAAGCCUGGCCACUGGAUGUCAGCAUGCCCGUACCCAAAGGUGGAGAAGUACGGAGAAAGAGAAAGAAAUGAGAAGAAAAAGAAGGCAAUGGUUGCUGCUGAAAGUGACGAGUCAUCCAGUUCAAGCUCGGAUGAAGAAGCCAUCGUCUGCAUGGAGCUCAGAGUUGAAAAGUCCAACCAUGAGGAUAGGUGGACUAUGUCAGAAGAUGACACUCUCUGCCUAAUGGCUAAAGAUGAUGCUGAUCAAGAGGUAACUUCACAAACCUCCUGCUCAUCUUCUUAUGAAAGCAUACCAACUUCUGAAAAUCUUUUUGACCAGUUCAAAAAGAUGAUGGUAGAUUUUGAGGAAAUAAAUCUCAAACAUUCAUCCUUAACAGAGGAGAACAAACUAUUGAGUGAAGAGAAUCUCAAGUUGACUGAAGGUCGGAAAAGUCAACUGAAUGAGAUCACUCAACUCAAGACUGAAAAUGAAUUUCUCUCUGAAAAGGUGAAAUCCCUUAAGAAAGAGCUAGGGAUACUUAAGUCCAAAGAAGCAGUGGAUAAGCUUCUUGAAACGAAACAAAAGGGCCGUGAAGGACUUGGGUUUGACCCCUCUAGUUCCAAAAGGAAAGGGAGAACAACCUUCAUCCCUCCUAAACCUACUGCCAAACCAAAUAAGCAGAAAGGAAAGGAAAAGGAGAAACCAACAGAAGUUCCCAAAAAGCUAGUCCCUCCUAAGAACUAUAGGAAGCUGGACAGACCUCAAAGAGGAAAUAAUUUCAGAAGAAAACCCUCUAACCCCCAUUAUACACGAGGCUAUACUCAUUAUGGGGUAGACAGGAGUUUUCCAAGAAAUUCUGAGUGGAGAACUAUGCCAAGAUAUAGUCACCCUCCACCCCAGAAGCUAUUUGUGCCACCUAACUAUGCUUAUAACCGACACAGACACACUAUGCACAACCUAGACAAAAUCAUAGGUCUUAUCAAUCUAGGUUUGCUAGGAGGAAACAGGAAAUUGCACCUCUUGCACGAAGCUGCUAAGUACCCAGGUGUCUGGUACUUAGACAGUGGUUGUUCAAGACACAUGACGGGUGAUGCGAGCCUUUUGAGCAAUCUAAUUCCCUAUGAUGGUCCAAGAGUUACUUUUGGAGGAAGCAAUGAUUUCGGCCUUACUAAAGGGCUAGGAAAUCUGGUGUACAAGGGACUAACCAUCCAAGCUGUAUCUUAUGUUGAAGGUCUCAACUAUAACCUUCUUAGCAUAAGUCAAUUUUGUGAUAAAGGUUACUCCUUGGAAUUCUGCAGGGACAUGGCAUCUCUCAAGAACAUCUCCACAAAUGAAGUCAUUCUCACUGGGAAGAGAAUCAGAAACAUCUAUGAAGUAAUGUGGGACAAUGUCAAGGAAGCAUGUCUAAUCAGCGAAAGUGACACUAACCUUCUAUGGCUUUGGCAUAAGAGGUUGAGUCAUCUCAACUUCAAAACCCUCAUCAAGCUGUCCAAAGAAGGGUUAGUAGAAGUCAUCAAGUCCACUGUUGGAGGUACAAAAGUGAAGCUUUCGCAAAAGAAAUUGGGAGAAAAGCUUCGCCUUCCCAAUUCUGGAGUUGAAGUUGGGAAAUUUCCAGUCAAAAAUCUGGACUGGAACAUCAUUGGAAUCUCUGGGCAAGUUCCUUCUGGCCCAGCGAAGAAAGCAGAUCUAAACAACGAUUACAAGUUGGUUUUGGAACUGGUCAUCGCUUGCCUCGAGUGUGGAAGUGGAGGUCAUGCCGAUGACAUCACCCAGGAGAGAGCUUUCAUCAUCAACUCUCUCAUUACCAAAACUAAGGUAAACUGGGCUGCACACUUUUUCAAAUCCAUUUCAAAACAUCUAGGAAAGCACAAUCAGAAGUAUCUCUGUCAAGGUCUGUAUAUUGGACAUAUUUUGGAAUCUAUAGGCGCUGCAGUUAAAGGGAAAAAGUAUGAAGCCAGAUACUGGCUAUACUACUUAUCCUCCAAAGGAGAAAACAGAGCUAGUGCCUGUGCCACUACAGAAGAAAGCUCAUCAAGCAAUGUUCCACUCAUCAAUUUGGCAAAGACUGCCAAGAGAAAGCAUGUGGUGUCUCCCUCUCCAAGUGUUGAAGCACCACAGAACCUUGCUUUGAUCUUUUUGGAAGAGGAAGAAGAAGUCUCUGACCAUGGAGAACUUCAAAGGAAGAAGAAGAGGAAGAUCAACUCUCCAUCAACAUCUGGAAAUGUCAAUCCGGAUGAGUUGAAGGAGAAGGAACCUGCUGAGGAAAUCUCUGCCCAAAACCGGAGCCCUCAACAACUUGAAGAAGAAAUUCCUCAAGUCCAAAGCCUUCCAACCUCAUCACCUCAACCUCAAAUAGAUGAUGCAGAUAACCAAUUCUGGCAGCUCUACUAUGAUUGGAAAGCCUGGAAAGUUGGAAAUUCAGUAGAGCAACUGUUGAAUUGGGACCAACAACUGAAGAAUGAGAAGAUCAUUAAGAAGUGCUUAGGAAUACCAGUCAACCACAACUGUGAACAAAUUUUGGAUGACUACUGGGUAUCGCAAAGGAGCCAUGAAGACUUGCAUCUGGAAUACCUGGCCAACACACCAGUUUCAGACUUUGAAGCAGAUGAUGAAGAUCCUACAGUCUUCAAGCCAGUCUUCUCAAAAGACACAGAAGAUCAAGUGGUUCUCACUUCUGAAGCACAAGGUGUUUUGGAAGCAGCAGCUGAAGAUUUCCAAACACUUCCGGAAACCUCACAUGCUUCUGAAAUUGUUCUAACUGAAGUUGUAGAAGAGAAGGCAACCUCUCCCCUACUAGAACAGAACCACAAAACAGCAGAAGAAGAAGAAUUUCAGCAACUGGGUCAAUCUCAAGUUCUUGAAAUUCUCACAACUGCAUGUGAGAUCUCCAAUCCUACUGAAAUUGAGAUCCCGGAGAAGUCAGCAGAAAUUCUGGAACAGUCAGCUCUUCCAGAAACAAUGGAGCAAGCUGUUGAAGCGCAAAGGAAUUCUGGAGAAGCUGAAAAGGAAACUCAAAUGGCAGAACUAGAGGCCUCUCAAACUCCAGUAGCCAUUUUUGAAGAACAGAAUGCAGCUGAAGAAAGAGACUCCCUCUCUAGGGAUAUAUCAAAUUUUGCGCUUGAUGAAGCAGAAGGAGAGUCUGAAAGAACACUGAAGGUUACUGAUGAAGAAGAUGUACAAGAAGAUGCUGAAUCUCUUCCUAUGCAACUCUUCCAAAGAACUCCAUCCUCUCAUCAGGUAACCAAUUUUCAUUUCCAUAUCUCUUCCACCCCUACCCUUUCGGAUAUUGUACCGGAAAUCUGGACAAAGAAGGUCCAAGGGCUGAUUGAAUCAGCCCUAGCAUCUCAACAUGCCUCCUUUAGGCAAGAGAUAGAGCAAAUGGAGGCCAAGUACACCAAGCUUAUAGAGAAAUCUAAAGAGAAGCACAACACAGAUCUCAAGGAAAUAAGCAUAUCAGUAGACAAGACUCUGGAGAUAAUCUCUCUAUUGAGUAAUACUGUGAGCAACACGAUGGAAAUAUAUGCCUCUGAAAGUCAACUUCAACUCAAAGAGAUCAACAAAGUCAAAGAGCAAAUAGCGAGUGUCACAGUUAGUCUACAAAAACAGAUGUCCCUUCUCCAAAUGGACAUCAGAUCAGCCCUAGCAGUAGCUUCUGCAAAUCAGGUAGUGACCAAAGACUACUUGAAGGUGAUCAUUGACAAUCAAAAGGAAGCAUACAAGCUGUUCAGACUUAUUGGCGCAAAUUCUGGGAACCGCAAGAUGGAAGUAAUUCUCCAACAACACAGCCCAUCUCCAAUACCACAGCUCCCUAUUGCAGUCAAAGAAGGAGAAGUAUCUUAUAUUCCUUCUCAUCUGAACAUGACAAAUCUAAUCCUUGAAGCACAGCAAAGAAAUCCGGAAAACCCAGCACAGCAUCUAUCUAGCUCAGGACUGGAUGGAACAGAAUUUAUAGGUAUAGUUGUUGACCACUUCUCAAAUGACGCUCAAUCAGAAGAGAGACGUGAAAAUUUAAGGCGCAUCAAAGAACUGUGUGGGAACAUGCAGGGCCUCAGUGAGAGAAUGAGCGAAGCAGCUGGCAAUGACGGACAGGCUGUCCCAGAGGGGGAGCCUAAGCACGUGAGUGUGCACACUGAAGCAUCAAGCUUCACACCCCAGCAGGCCUCCGAGCAGGCGGUCCCAGGCGUGGGCCCUAUUCCGGAAGCCAUUCCUAUCGUCCAGCCACCGUUCGCGGCUAACUUCAUGAACUAUCUCCAGCAGAUGGCUGGAGCAUACGUUCCACCACCGCCACCACCGCCGCCACCAGUGGCGGUGGUCACCAUCGAGAAGCUCCGGAAGAAUGGAGCUGAGGAAUUUCUGGGCGAUCAGAUCGAGCAGCGUGGCGACUUCGCAGUUGCAUUACAUCAGGAUUUCGCCUACGACUGGUGGAAGCGUGUGGGAGCAGACGUCCUGGAGCCCGUGCAGUGGGCCACAUUUGAUCGAAUCUUUCAUGAAGAGUACAUCCAUGAGCACUUCGUCGAGGCGAAGCGGGAGGAGUUCUUGAAGUUCACCCAGGGUGAACUCACACUGCCUGAGUAUCGUCAGAAGUUUGACGAGCUCGCGGAGUUUGGGCAGGACCUCAAGGCUGAGUUUGAGCAGACGCAGGGGGCGUCAACAGCACCAUCCCGUCCUCCUCCACCCCAGAAGGCGGGGACCAGUGGCAAGAGGUCCUCUGCAGCGCCUAGCAGCUCUCACCAGAGCAAGAAGGUGAAGUCAGCCCCUGCCCAGUCGUCUGCGUCCGUCCAGAAGAAGGGCAAAAGCGGUGAUGGGUUCCGUAACCCAAUCUGCGAUCAUUGUGGGCGCAGGCAUCCAGGAGAGUGCUGGUAUACUCUGGGCUUGUGCCUUGGGUGUGGCAAGGCCGGGCAUUUCCGUAGAGAUUGUACGAAGAAUCCGGGCAUGGGCUGGCUCACUGCCAACCAAGCCCUUGUCGAGUGUGGAGCGCAUACGGUUCGGCUGAGAGCCGAAGACGGUAGUGACGUACUGAUCCGUGGUGAGCCUCUUCUGAAAGCUCCAGAAUUCAUUUCCUACAUCCAUGCUCGCCGACUCAUUCGCAAGAAGCGUGAAGCAUUCUUGUGCACAUUGCGUGACACUCGUCAGGAGGCGCCUAGUAUCAUGGCCGGAAGAACAUUUCAACCCGGAGUUGCCGAAGGACAAUCCACGACAAGGCCACCACUCUUCGACGGCACAAAUUAUGCUUAUUGGAAAGAGAGGAUGAAAAUAUUCAUCCAAUCAAAUGAUUAUGAUUCUUGGUUGGUGAUCAAGCAUGGAGAGACGAUUCCCACGAAGAUUGUUGACGGGGUUCUUGUUCCAAAGUUAGAGAACGAAUAUACCUCAAAUGACAAGAAGAAGAUGCAACUAAAUGCAAGGGCCAUCAACUUUUUAUAUUGUGCUGUGAACCCGGAUGACUAUCGGAAAAUCUCAAGGUGCAAGACGGCCAAUGAGAUGUGGAACAAAUUAGAGGUCACAUAUGAAGGAACAAGUCAAGUGAAGGACUCAAAGAUCGACUUACUCACCCAUGAGUAUGAGCUUUUCGUGAUGAUGGAAAAUGAAACAAUAGAUGGCAUGUUCGAGAGAUUUUCAACUAUCGUCUCAAAUUUGGAUACACUUGGGAAGCAUUAUGAGGAUCAUGUUCUCGUUCGAAAAAUCCUUCGAAGUCUCACACCGGAAUGGAAGUCUACGGUCAAUCCUAUCAAAGAAGGCCAAGAUUACAAUACGUUGACAUAUGAUGCACUUCGAGGUAAGGCGAAUGUGGUAGCCGACGCCCUUAGCCGUAAGACUGUAGCUGUGUUGCAUGUUCAGUCGACAUUACGUCAGCAGAUAGCCUCGGCCCAGAGCAGCGAUGAUUUCUGUAUCCAGACUGUUGAGCUCGUCUCUCGAGGAGAGAAGCCGGAUUUCGCAGUUCGGGGUGCUGAUACGGUCACACUCGAUGAGAAUCUCACUUAUGAGGAGGAGCCGGUUGAGAUUCUGGCUCGUGAGGUCCGUCAAUUGAGGAACAAAACCAUUCCGCUGGUCAAGGUUCUAUGGAGAAGUCACACCGUCGAGGAGGCGACAUGGGAAACUGAGGAAUCCAUGCGCACUCGUUAUCCACAUCUUUUCAAUGACCAGUGAUCAGGUAAAUUUCGAGGACGAAAUUUUUCUUAAGGCGUGGAUAAUUGUAACGCCCUGCAACCCGGUCUAAUAGAAUUGAUUAUUUUAAAUGAUUAAUUACUGUUUCGGACAAGAGUUGGGGAAAAUGAAAAGUUCUUAGAAACAUUAUUUGAUCAUAUCAUUAAAUUCGUUUAGACUGUCUGAUUCCAGAAACGCCAACGGAUCUCAAUUUGGACCCGUUCGGGGGGAAAAGCGCGUACCGUUCAAGUCAGAUUCUACAUAACGGAGUAAAAUAUAUUUGUAACCCCCCU